AUGGAUGCCGGAUUCUCGUCCUACCACAACGGUGGUCCCGCACGGGAACAGGAUUUCGGCAGGUUGUCCCAAACGAUUGGCACCUCGAUACUGAAGAUAUCACAAAAUGUGUCUUCCAUGCAGAAGAUGGUCAACCAGCUGGGCAGUUCCACCGAUUCUCAGGAACUCAGGAAUCAGCUGCAUCAGAUACAGCACUACACGCAGCAGCUGGCGAAGGACACCAGCGUUCAUCUUCGAGAUUUGGCUAUGCUAGCGAAUAACUCUGGCUCCACGAGCCCUGGAGAACAGAGGCAGCGGAAGAUGCAGAGGGAACGCCUUCAAGACGAAUUUACCACCGCUUUGAACGCUUUUCAAGCCGUACAAAGGCUAGCUGCCUCCAAAGAGAAAGAAAUGGUCAGGAAGGCUAAGGCUAGUGCGGGUAUCGCGCCGUUCGGAGAGAAGAAACAGGAUACGCUUAUCGAGCUGCAAGACAGCAGAACGUAUGGGAGCGAUCAUGCGAAGCAGCAACAGGAGCAGCUGCAGGAACAGAUGAAUUUGCGAAUGUUAGAAGAACAGGAAGCUAGUAUAAGGCAAUUGGAGAGUAACAUUAGCGAUAUUAAUCAGAUAUUCAAAGAUCUUGGAGCUUUGGUGUACGAUCAAGGAGAAGUGAUUGAUUCUAUAGAAGCAUCGGUCGAGAGAACCGAGGUAUCUGUUAGCGAAGGCGCUUCUCAAGUGAGGCAAGCGAGUAUGUAUCAGACCAAGCUACGCAAGAAGAAAUGUAUUCUCAUAGUGAUCGCGGUAGUCGUAUUGGCGAUCUUGAUUGGUAUCAUUGUUUGGCAGAGCAAGUAAAAAACAACAUGCAUAUAUUUAUAACAGUGUACAGCAUGGUACGUAGUGCUACAAGAGACUGCUGUCCGUAAACGAUAGCAAUUCGCAAGUCAUAAAAUUCUUAGCGACGUUUUUGUUCAGUUUUAAUUGUUUUAAAACCACGCAAGGGAUAGCAUUGUCAUAGAGAUGCAGGAGAGUGGAGAAACACACGAAUCUUGCGAAUUUAAUCCAUCUAAUUGUGAUAAUCGUAGGUGCGAGCUCUGAUUUGCGAGUAAAGUUCUUAACGGCAUGUCUAAAAGUUGCCGCAGUCCAUUUGUACGUUUCAAUACUCAUAAACUAUCAGUGUAUAAUGAUCAACUAUAUUUAAUAUACAUACGCGUGUAUGACAAUUUAGAUAACUUAACGCGAUUAUGUGUAACAAAGCUAGAUAUGUGUGUGUGUGCGCGCGUGUGCUGUGUGGAAUGCUUAUGUAUGGUAAAAUAAAUAACGGAGUAUGCUUGUUGUCUGCAAUGGAACUAUAUGUGCCUGUAAAAUAUCUUAAAAACUAUUCCUAACAACAAUUUCGAGGCGAAUGUCGGAGAGAGCAUUAUAGUCAUUUAAAAAUAUAUGAAAGGAUUCAUAUAAGUUAAUGUAUUUAGUUUAGGGAUGUUAAUUUUUAUUUUAAACAAGAUAUAAUAAACAAUAUGUAUAUAUAAAAAGACCGGCAAGAGCAAGAUCUGGCUCUAAUUAUUCUUACCAUACAAAUCUUAAAAUAGGUAUAUGCAAUGAAUAAAAAAAUCAACGCUUUUAAUGGAGUUCAUCUUUUUAUGUGUGUAUAUAUGUAUC